AUGCUACUCCAACGAUCAUCUUCAGAUCAGACGCCAUCGAUCACUUAUCAAUGUCGAGAGUCAUGUGGUGGAUGGGGUGAUCGAUUACGUGGUAUAACAUCAACGUUUAUGUUGGCGAUUCUUACCCAACGACGAUUCUACAUUGACAUGCCUUAUCCGUGUAAUUUAACAAGAUUUUUACAACCGAAUCUGUACGAUUGGCGACCGAUUAUAUUGGGAUCAAAUCGUAGUCAACUCUUGAUUAAAACUACUCGAAGUAGUCAAAUAGCAAGUGUGAUUUACGAAAAGAUAUCUUCAUCGAAUUUCGUUGAUGAUUGGUCAAUUUAUGAUGAUAUCUACAUUGCAACAAAUAGUGAUUAUAUCCGAGCGGCGCUAAGAAAUAAGCGAAUUCAACAUGUAGUUCGGUUGUUGAACUUUUCAUCCGAUGAAUUAACACAAGAUCGUGUGUUUCCACUCCUUUACGAGAUUCUCUUUCGGCCAACUAAUGCUGUUCUCAAUUCAGUUGAUCAAUUAUUAUCCAAUUUACAAUCAGAUACUUUCUCGUCAAAAAGAUUGAUAUGUUUACAUAUUCGUAUGGGAAAAAACCCAACAAUCAUUCAUGACGAAAGACGCUCGUAUCGCGAUACAAUGGUCGAAGAUAUUCUACAUUUUACAGAAACGAAUCUUACCAUAAAUGAUCAAUCAAUAGUUUUCGUUACAAGUGAUUCUCUGGAGGUGAAUAGAUAUAUUUCGAACAGAUACGGUAGUAAUCACACAGUGUCUAUUCCUGGUCCGAUUAUACAUAUCGAUCGUUUAUCACCAUCUUAUACGUACAAGGAACAGUGCGACGGUUUUCAGAAAGUUAUUUCAGAUUUUUAUGUUUUGGGAGAGUGUGAUGCGCUAAUUAUGUCACGAAGUGGUUUCAGUGAAUGGGGUAGUCGACGGCGAGAUCUUUCUCAUCAAUUCAAUCAUCUCUAUCAGUAUUGUCGAGGUGUUUACCAGGUUACUGGACACCGAUGGAAGAGGCCAUUUCAUGUUUGCUAG